AUGUCUAGAUCCACAACGCCUGUAGCACCAUCAUCCAUUAAUAAUGCCUCUCCUUGCAAUGGCACCCCUUACAAAGCAGCCUGUCAAUCUAUCCUCCUGUCAUUGAGUAACAGUAAUAAUGCUCUUCCUAAAACCCCAAAAGAACUCUUUGACCACUCAUUGCACUUCACCUUGAGCCAAGCUCAUUCAGCCCUAGACCAGCUCGCUACCAUAUUCCUUAGCCAAACCUACCGAAAGGUUGACAUGACUCGUUUGGCUAGUAGUGGCAUGAGAGACUGCAUGGAGUUGCUUGACGAUACCUUGGCCCAACUCUCUAAGGUCAUCAAUCGCAAGAAUGACCCUACCCACACCUACAAUGAUGUCCAAACGUGGCUUAGUGCAGCUCUUACUAAUCAAGAAACAUGCAAAGAAAGCCUGCUUGAAAAUGGUAAAAAAUAUCAUUUAGCGAAGCUAGAAGUAAUAGAUUCCAUGGCAAAAAAUUUAAGUCAAUCUAUCAGCAACUCUUUAGCCCUUUAUGUGUCCAAUUACGGGCUCACCGGUACUACUCCUCGUGGUCGGAAAUUGUUGAGUAAUGAUUUCCCAACCUGGGUGUCCUCGUCGGAAAGGAAGCUUCUAGAAGCUUCUAUAGGAGAGAUAGAAGCCCAUGCGGUGGUGGCAAGGGAUGGGAGUGGAACCCAUGCCACCAUAGGAGAAGCAAUCAGGCAGGUGGCGGCUUCCCUGGAGGAUGGGGGUAGAAAUGUAAUUUACAUCAAAGCCGGGACUUAUAAAGAGAGCCUCAGGAUCCCUUCAAAGCAGCAGAACGUGCUUCUAUUUGGUGAUGGGAAGGGUAAAACAGUCAUUGUAGAUAGUAAAAAUGCUGACGAUGGCUCCACUACGUACGACUCUGCCACAGUUGGUACGUACCUUUUACUACAUUAA